AUGCACCUUCCAAUGCUCAUCGGUACCUUGGCACUCUCAGCCAGCAUGGCUUUCGCAGCUCAGGCCAAGGUGCAUAACAAUUGUGGCUUCCCUGUUUGGGUGAACUCCGUCCAAGGCAAAGCUGGUCUUGUUCAAAAAGUAGCAUCUGGUUAUACGUUUUCAGAGGAGCAGAAGCCCACUGAUAACGGUAUUGGAGUUUCUGUCCAAAUAACCAUGUAUGAAGAUGGUCGCUCCAACAACGAUCCCAUUCUGAUCAUGGGAUACUCUUGGGACAAACACGCUGGACUCUACUACAGCUUGAGCACGGUGAAGGGGUUUGACUUUUGGGGACGUAAGCUUCGCAUUCACAACACUGAGGGAAAGCCUUUGGAGGAGAUUGUUUGGAUGGGAGAGCCAGAGCCGGACUACACUGCCGCCUAUCUCAAUGGCGAGGCGGAUAUAACGCUUGAACUCUGCGAUUAA